AUGACGACGAGUAUGUCGCUGAAGGUGCUUUACACCGUGGACAACGAAACAAACUCGUACUUGACCCGCAGCGAAACAGCGGUUGGCGUACGUGUAGAAAACAUCACUAGUCCCAACGAAGACGGUUCACAAAUAAAGAUUGGGAUAGUCCAGCUGAAUGAUGUUUUGAAUGAAAUAUGUGCAUCUUCGCCUGAGCUUUUCAGUUUCGGAAUUGGUGCUAACGUUGAUUACAACGUCUACUGCAAGGACAUCUGCGAGAUGGACGAACCUUUGGUCAGCUUGGGUCUUUUGUCAAAACUGCGAAGAGACUCAUCUACCGCCCUUCAACAACGUUCCAAAUUGCCCUUGGUCAUCGGCCGUGUGUGCUCCAAUUUUUCCGCAAUGCUGCGUUUCCAAAAUCAAAAUGCAGAUGCGGCACCCCAGCUCACUCUAGAGAUAAGACUGCGUUUCUCCAAAGUAGCCACUGCAAAUUCAUCUCGCAGAUCAAGCAUAUCCAAUAAAACUGCGCCAGUAAAUUUGGCCAGAACGUCAUCAUCAUCUGCAAACGGCACAACCGGUCACACCGCACCGAAGCGCAUAUCCAAAAUAACAGAGCUGGGGAAACCAGACGAAGCAGCGGCGCGCAUAACGGUGAGGAGACAAACAAAUCCCAAGCCCGCACCAAAAGCCGUACGAACUCAGUCCUUACCUAUAUGGGACCAAAGUAAAAAUAACCAAUUCGCAUUACCUACCAAUUCCAUCGCGCACAAGAUUUACCUUGCCGAUAGAGCUGCCAAAGACACAGAUCCAGCGCUCAAGCUAAAUCAAGAUUACAAGAAACCGGUUUUCCAGAUUAGCAGCUUACAAAAUGACAAUACCGUCCAGAGAACAAAAGUUGAUGAUUCAGUCAGUAAAAGAUUUGAUUUUAUCACAAAGAAGAAGGGCAAAAUGGGUAAACCCACUGUCAAAAAACCUGCAUCCAAAGCUAAAUCGACCGUGGUCAAGAAAAAUAGAAGAGAUAGCGUCCCGAACUCUGGCGCAGCGGGUUCAAAUGAAACAUUGGCCGCAGACAAAAGUGAUGAGCUCGACGAGUUCAAACUGCUCGGAGACGAAGAUUUGGUUCAGGAACUACUAGGCAAACAGAAACUGAAAUCGAUGGACUAUUUUGAUACCGAUCAACCUGACAAAAGUGAUGAAUCAAACAAGGAAAAUAUACCUCCGCGCAUGACCCCGGCUAGUUCUCGUUUUGAAGACCUUUUAGGCAUGGAAUUAGCAUCCUCCAAAACGCCCAAUGACGCCGAGAAAGCGCUGACUAACCCCAGAAGUGACGAUCCUAUGGAGUGGUUUAACGAUCUUUUCGGCUCUCCGAUUCUAAGCCAAAAAGGCGCCACACCAGUCAAGGAUCCUUUAACCUGCAACACUCUUCCCAUUGAAGACGAGGAGCCAGAUUCUGUCAAAAUACCUGUCAGUGAUCUUGACAGGACUUCGCCCAUGGACACUUUGUCGAUGCCACUGUAUGAACUUGAACAGAAAAAACAGCAAUUGGCUACUAAGACAGCUACCUCAUGCAAAGACCAACUGCGAAGAUUGCCGCUACUUUCAAGGCCUUCCAAUGGCGCGUUUAUGCAGGAUCUGGAAGAUGAAAAUUUGGCCGCUUCACAUACGUCGCCGAUUUGUAACGACAAACCAAUUUCUGCCAGAAAAAGACCAGCUUCCACAACAUCCUCGAUAGUCGGAGAUGAGGAUUAUAUGGACGAGUAUAUGCAGGAAAAGCGCAGAAAGCGUGGAACCAUGCCCUCGUCGCCAACUUCAAUGUUUCCUUACUCCGGGGCGGAUAACGAUGCGGAUAUUGAUGGUACUCAUGACAGCACACUUUUGAACGAUGAUUUUCCGAUGAAUGGGGGUCCCCAAGAAGCCGGUUUAGAUUCCACGCCGGCGACUCAAUAUCGCUCAAGCGACGCGGAACCUUCUAAACACAGAGAGGAGCGCCAUUCAACAGUUACCGGUCAUCAGUUUUCGCAUAUAUAA